CAGAUAAAGCAGGCAGUGAUUGGCAGAGUUGUGUAUCUGUGUCCUAAACGUUUGGGGCUCACAGCACUUUGGGCAUCUUUACCAACAAACUGAUGAACAAGGGAUCUAAAUUUUCAGUUUAACUAAGAGAAACGAUGGAAGAAAACAAGAAUGAGAUAGGAAAGAAAGCAGAAGAUGAAGCUCACGUUCUAAAUAUAAACAUGACACGGGAUACUGAGGUUUCCCAGUCACCCUCCACUAUUAUUGUUGAAGUAAAAGAAACAUCAAGGCUAGAGAUUUCAACCACACCGUCAUUAACAGUCCUUCAUAUCAGACAUGCUAUCAGGGAGCACUCUGGUCAGUACUCUGUCACUGCAGCCAACAGUGCUGGAAAAUAUACAGGAGAAAUCACCGUGGUUGUUCUUGAAAAGCCAGACCCUCCCACGGGACCUGUCAGGAUUGAUGAAGUCAGUUCAGACUAUGUUACCAUCUCUUGGGAGCCACCUGAAUACACAGGAGGCUGUCAACUAGACAACUAUGUAGUGGAGAAACGGGAAUCUACAAGUAUGGAGUGGCAGACUGUUUCUGCAACUACAGUAAGAACCACAAUCAAAGUUACCAAGUUGAAGACAGGAAGUGAAUACCAAUUCAGAGUGUUUGCAGAAAAUAGAUAUGGAAAAAGUACUGCAAUCACAUCACCCAUUGUAGUUGCGCAAUAUCCAUUCAGUGUUCCUGCUGCCCCGGGCACCCCCUUUGUUUCCACUGUUACAAAGUACAGCAUGGUGGUUGAAUGGGAGCCUCCAGUCAGAGAUGGAGGCAGUCCUGUCAUUGGUUAUCACCUUGAACGCAAAGAAAAGAACAGCAUUUUAUGGACCAAACUUAACAAAUUUGUUAUACCGGAUGCUCGCUUCAAAACAAGUGGGCUUGAAGAAGGUAUUGAGUAUGAAUUCAGAGCCUUUGCUGAAAAUAUUGCAGGGCUCAGCCCAUCUAGCAGGAUAUCAGAAUGCUAUGUGGCAAGAGACCCCUGUGAUCCACCUGGUAAACCCGAAGCCGUUGUCAUUACGAGAGAGAACAUUACACUCCAGUGGGCAAAGCCCAAAUAUGAUGGUGGAAGCAGUAUUACAGGCUAUGUUGUAGAAAAAAAGGAGCUCCCAGAUGGCAGGUGGAUGAAGGCAAACUUUACGAAUGUUAUUGAGAAUCAGUUCACAGUCACAGGUCUGACAGGAGGACAAAGUUAUGAAUUUAGAGUAACUGCUAAGAAUGGGGCUGGUGUUUGGAGUCCACCUUCAGAAAGUGUAACCAUCAUUGCACAGGAUGUUAUUGAAGGACCCACAGCAUCAGUUGAUCCUAAGUUCAAGAGUACUACAGUUGUUCAGGCUGGAGAGACAUUCGUCAUUGAAGCUGAUUACUUUGGAAAGCCUCUUCCAGCAGUAACAUGGUUGAAAGAAGGAAGAGAAAUCGACAAAGUCACACCAAGAAUGGAGAUCAAAACCACUCUCACACAUACAACCCUGGCUAUCAGGGACUGUACACGAGCAGAUGGGGGACACUUUCUCUUAAGCCUCACUAACAUUGGUGGAACUACUUCUGUCCCAGUAAAUUUGAAGGUCCUGGAUAGACCUGGUCCUCCUGAUGGACAACUGAAGGUAAAAGUUAUCAGUGCAGAGAAAUGCAGUCUUCACUGGAAUCCCCCCUUAAAUGAUGGAGGUGCAACUGUUUCUCAUUACAUCAUUGAAAAAAGGGAAACCAGUCGUGUUACAUGGACAGGAGUUGAAGCUCAUGUGGAAGCUCUCAGUUACAAAGUAACAAAACUGGUACCUGGCAAAGAAUAUGUAUUCAGAAUUGCUGCCGUGAACAAAUAUGGUGUUGGUGAAUUUUUGGAAUCAGACCCCUUAAUUGCACAAAAUCCUUUCACACCACCAAGUGCACCUUCUACACCUAUAGCCACAGCUGUGACCGGUGACUCUGUAACAUUAACAUGGGAAAGGCCUGAGACUGAUGGAGGUUCAGAGAUUGAUGGCUUCAUUGUGGAGAAACUUGACAAAGAAGGUGUCAGGUGGACUAAAUGCAACAAGAGAAGACUAAAUGAUUUGCGUUUCCGAUGUACUGGGCUCACAGAGGGGCAUUACUACCAGUUUAGAAUACUUGCAGAAAAUGCAGCUGGUGUGGGUGCUCCCAGUGAUCCAAGUGAAUAUAUAAAAGUAUGUGAAGCUACUUACCCGCCUGGUCCACCAACCAACCCCAAAAUGACAGACUAUUCUAGCAGUACUGUGUCUCUGACUUGGUCAAAACCAAUCUAUGAUGGAGGAGCCACCAUCAGUGGAUAUGUAGUAGAGAUGAAAGAAGCAACAGAUGAUGAGUGGAUUACAUGCACACCAAACGCAGGUGUAGAGGACACAAAUUACACAGUGAAAAGACUGAGAGAAAAUGCAGAGUACAAUUUUCGUAUUCGCGCAAUAAACGCUGCUGGAGUCGGAGACCAUGUGGAUCUACCUGGGUCUGUGGUUGCAGCCGAAAAAGUAGAGGCACCAGAGAUUGAGCUGGACGCUGCCUUGAGGAAGAUUGUCAGCGUUCGAGUCUGUUCCACUUUACAUCUCUUUGUUACCAUCAGAGGAAGGCCAGAGCCUGAGGUUAAAUGGUCAAAGGAAGGUGACACCCUCAGUGAGCGUGCUCAGAUCAAGGUAACAAGCUCCUACACUGUGCUACUCAUUGAAAAUGUCAACAGAAAUGAUACUGGGAAGUAUGUGUUGACGGCUUCGAACUGCUGUGGCUCCAAGUCAGCAUUCAUCAAUGUGAAAGUUCUGGACUCUCCCAGCGCACCAACAAACUUGGAGGUAAAGGAUGUAAAGAAGGAUUCUGUGUCCAUCUCCUGGGAGCCACCUUUGAUUGAUGGAGGAGCAAAGAUUUCGCACUACGUUGUAGAGAAGCGAGAGGAGACUAGAAAAGCAUUCACAAGCGUCUUUAACAACUGCAUGAGGAAUUCAUAUAAGAUCGACAAUUUACAGGAAGGAUGCUUCUAUUAUUUUCGUGUCCUGGCUGUGAAUGAGUUUGGCACUGGGCUGCCAGCAGAAACCACAGAAGCUAUUAAAGUCUCUGAGGUGCCCCUGCCUCCUGGCAAGAUCACACUCAACGAUGUCACAUGCAGUAGUGCAAGACUCUCUUGGGAAAAGCCAGCCCAUGAUGGAGGAAGCAAAAUCACAUGUUAUAUUGUAGAAAUGCAAGCUAAGGGAGAUGACACGUGGACAAAAUGUUCAGAGAGUAAAGCGCUCGAUGCAAUUAUUGAUGGCCUGACAAAAGGAAAAGAGUACUUCUUUAGAGUGUGUGCAGUGAAUGAGAAGGGAAAGAGUGAGCCAAAAUGCCUGCUGGCACCUGUGAUAGUAAAAGAUACCAGUACUGAGCCUAUGAUCAGUCUGCUGUCCAACACAUUCAGUGUGAAGGCAGGAAAUGAUUUAAAGAUCGAUGUUCCAUUUAAAGGGGUACCACCACCAACAGCAGCCUGGAAAAAAGACGGCAAUGCACUGAAAGAGACAAGCAGAGUAAACGUGAGCACAUCUGACACGUCAUCUCAGAUCAUUAUCAAAGAUGCAACCAGGAUAGAUGUUGGUGUUUAUGAGGUGACCCUGACCAACUCCGUUGGAACCACCUCUGCUCAAAUAUUUGUUAAUGUUUUUGAAAGGCCUGGUCCUCCAGCAGACCUCAGUCUUGAUGAUGUCAGUGCUGACUUUGUGUCUCUGUCAUGGCAGCCUCCACAUUACACUGGUGGAUGUCAAAUCACUAAUUAUGUUGUUGAGAAAAGAGAUACAGGCAGUACAUUAUGGCAGAGUGUAUCAGCUACAGUUGCAAGAACAUCAAUCAAAAUUUCCCGUCUGACACAAGGCACUGAAUACCAGUUUCGUGUUGCUACAGAGAAUCGCUAUGGAAAGAGCCAAUUCACUGAGUCAGAGCCUGUUGUCGCUCAGUAUCCCUUCAAGCCACCUGGCUCACCACCCAAUCUUCAUGUUGUGCAGGCCUCAAAGUCUGUUAUGGUCAUUGCUUGGAGCAAACCGGAGAGUGAUGGCGGCAGCCCUAUUAUUGGGUACCAUAUUGAAUGCAAAGAUCAAAGCAGUAUACUGUGGAAAAAAUUGAACAAAAGCCCAGUGACGGAAAACCAGUAUAAAGUGACAAGUGUUGAGGAGGGUCUUAUAUAUGAGUUCCGGGUGUGUGCAGAGAAUAUGGCAGGUGUUGGACCCUGUAGCAAGCCAUCUGAUCCUGUAGCAGCUAGAGACCAGUGUGACCCCCCAGGCAACCUCACUGUCACCAAUAUAACUAACACUUCAGUAACUCUCUCGUGGGACAAGCCAGAAUAUGAUGGUGGAGCUAAAAUAACUGGUUACAUUGUUGAGCGCAAAGAACUGCCCGAUAGUUGCUGGCUUAAGUGUAACUUCACAAACUUAUUGGACACCUUCUUUGAAGUGACUGGCCUCACAGAGGGUGAACAGUACAACUUUCGCGUUAUUGCAAAGAAUGCAGCGGAGCUCUUCAGUCCACCCUCUGAAACAACCGGACCUGUCACAGCACAGCACAAUGUAGAGCCACCCAAAAUUAUCUUGGAAGACAAAUUUCGACAGGUAGUGGUUGUCAAAGCAGGAGACCCCCUAAGAAUAGAAGCUGUCAUCUCAGGCCGCCCCAACCCUACAGUGUUUUGGCUGAAGAAUGGUAGAAAUAUUGGCACCACAGGACGAGUUGAAAUAACCGCAACAAAAACGCAUACCUCUCUGCUUAUCAGAGAAAGUGUUCGGAAAGACUCUGGGCAGUAUGCUCUUACUCUCCAGAAUACAGGGGGCACCACAUCUAAGGCUAUCACCUGCAAAGUACUAGACAGGCCUGGUCCACCUGCUGGACCCCUUGAAGUUUCUGGACUUUCAGCAGAAAAGUGCACCCUCUCAUGGGGAACUCCUCAUGAGACUGGUGGGGCGGAGAUCAUGUACUACAUUGUUGAGAAAUGUGAAACCAGCCGUGUUGCCUGGACUCUUGUGUAUGGUGACAUGAUGUCAACUACUUGCAAGAUAACCAAACUUCUCAAAGGAAACGAAUACCUGUUUAGGGUGAGGGCAGUCAAUAAAUAUGGUGAGGGUGAGACUUUGGAAAGUGACCCAGUCAAGGCCAUGGAUCCUUUUACCAUCUCAUCUGCUCCAACAGAUGUUGAGGUCACAAGUGCAACCAAUGAAGUGAUGACUGUUUGCUGGAAGACACCCGCCUCUGAUGGUGGCAGCCGCAUCAGCGGUUACAUUGUAGAGAAAAGGGAGAAGCAGGGCAUCCGUUGGGUCCGGGUCAAUAAGAAGCCAGUCUAUGACCUACGAGUCAAAGCCUCUGGUCUGCAUCCAGGAUCUGAGUAUGAAUUCAGAGUCUUUGCUGAGAAUGCUGCUGGGCUAAGUGAACCAAGUUUGCCAUGCCCACUCACCUUGGCAGAGGAUCCAAAGUUUCUUCCUUCCCCUCCAGUAAAGCCCACUAUAAUUGAUUCAUCCAGAUCUUCAAUCACUCUGUCAUGGAACAAACCGGUGUUUGAUGGUGGAGCGGCAGUUACAGGGUACAAAGUUGAAUUCAGAAAAUCAACAGAAGAAGAUUGGACUGUUGCUGUUCAGAACACAGAUAGGACAGAGUUUACAGUAACUGGACUCACAUCGGGGACAGCAUAUGUUUUUACUGUCAGAUCCAUAAAUAAAGUUGGUAUUAGUGAGCCUAGCCCAGAAACAGACCCCGAAGUAGCUACAGAGCGAGAGGAGAAGCCUGAGAUUCACAUUAACCCUGAGAUGAGAAAGACUCUGCCUGUUAAAUGUGGCAGCUCCUUCACAUUGACGGUGCCUUUCACAGGCAAACCUGUUCCCAGUGUGUCAUGGGAGAAAGCAGAUGUUGAUCUGCGAGUCAGAGGAAUGAUCAACACCACGAGCUCUGCCACCUCUAUCACAGUGGAACGAGCAACACGUGAUGACUCUGGCAAAUAUACUGUCAAACUGCAAAAUGCUGCUGGAUCUGCCUCUUUGACCCUAAAUGUGAGGGUUUUAGAUUCACCUGGUCCCCCGGCUCAUAUAAUAGUUAAAGAUGUGACUAAGAACUCUGCCACUGUUACCUGGGACAUUCCUGAGAAUGAGGGAGGGUCUCCCGUGAAGAACUACCUUGUAGACAUACGAGACAUCAGCAGAACAGGAUGGAUAAGACUUACUGACAAGUGUCGCCGAUUGUCUUACAAGGUGUCCGACCUGGAGGAGGGAGGAAUCUAUUUCUUUAGAGUCACAGGAGAGAAUGAGUACGGGAUUGGGGUUCCAGCUGAGACCAGAGAGGGAACAAAAAUGACAGAUACAACAGACUGGGAGACAAAUCCAGGAGCCUAGCUUGCCCCACGUUAAGAUAAUCAUCUCCUGAAAUUUGGAGAAGAUAUUCGUUUUUGGGUUUUUUUGUUUUUUUUUAUAAAAAUAGAAUACAUUCAAUUUUGUUUUAAGAUGUUCUUUGUCGAUUGAGUUCAAAUCAAAACAUAUUUUGUAAAAUGAAGGCAAUAAAAGAAGUUAUUAUUAAUAGCUCGUGCUGGUGAACAACCAUUCUGAUGAAUUAAGAUGUAUCAGUUUCUAACUUUAUGGUUCAAAUGUCUUUAUUUAUGUAAAGGAAAACAAUUUUAGGCAGCACACAAAAACUCUGGAAUUCUGUAUUGCUUAAGGUUAUCCCUGCUGGGAUAAAACACAUGCAGAUAUGUUUUUGUCUUUUGCCUGACAUGAGAGUCAGAGUAUAACGAGUUGACAAGUUAGUCUCAUGUCCCGGUACUUUACUGUCUUUUGUUUGGGGAACAAAAGACAGUAAAGUAUGGUUUUAACAUGUACAUCAUAUUUAUGCCAAAUAUUUCUUUUUUUUUUUUCUUUCUGAACAUGUCAGACAAACAUAUAGGUAUGCUUUGGGUUGACUUUAUAAAAAAUUCUCUCACCUAUGUUAUUUAUACUGACAAAAGACAAGACAAUAUUACUUUAUAGGAGGUAGGAAAACCAGCAAGAACACUUUUAAUCUCAAAACCAUAGUUCUACAUCUAUGUUUGCUUUUUAUUUUACUAUUUCUGGAGGAGUUUAGGAAUGGUUAAAUAAGAACUGACACAUUAAAAAAAAUUCCGUUCUGUAUUAAAAUUACAAAAAACAAAUUAAAAAAAAAAACGUGAAAAAAGUAGAUUUGUCCAGGUCAGGUUAUACACCAAAGAUGGAGGAGAAGAAAACAUGGAGGUAAAUUCAGAUUCAAGAUAUGAAGUAUCUAUGUUUUAUCAUCUGAGAAGGGGUCCCCUUCACCAAAGAAGCAACAACACAAAGAAAAGAGACAACAGAAUAAGCAUCCUCAAGCCCCAUCUCCUGAACUGAAAACACAUGAAAACAUGGAUAAAUGUGCUUAUUUAUUUCUGAUAUUGUCACAAUUUCUUCUUGUCAGCAGAUUUGACAUGCAAUCCUGUUGUGUCCAGACAGAUGACAAUAAGCCAGCUAAACAACAACAGUCGACUAUAAGCUAAUAUUAUGGUACAGUCUAAGUUUUAAGUUUCUGAUCUCCACUGGUUGACUAAAACAAGUUUGUCAUAUUAUAGCAGCCACCAUAGUUACAAUUAUGCACUUGGAUUGGGAGGGGUAAGAAAACAGAAUUCAUUUGACUGCAAUCUACAGACAUCUAGUGGUGAGAUUUUACACACUAUUACUUUAAAGAUCACCAAUUAACCUAACCCCACUGAUUGCUGCAUGUCUUUGGACUGUGAGAAGAUAGUAGUAGUCACCCUCAUACUGAAUACUCAUUCAGUUUCAGAUAAGUCUCGGUCUAUAUUAAUUUAAGCAACUUUCAAAAUAUUCUGAAAAGAAAUAGUGAUGUUUUUUGCAAAUUAAUCAUUUUGAUAUCUUUGCUUAAAUACACUUUUAAAAUAAUAAUUUAAACAACUACAAAGAGAAUAAAUUAAACCUUUGUGAGCUAAGGAAACAAUUUAUUAUUAUUAUUUUUAAAUAAUACAGUAGGGUUGAUUGGAUUACUAUUAUUUUUAAAUU